UGGAACUACAGGCAUGUGUCACCAGUCCAGCUAAUUAUUGUUAUUAUUAUUAGUAUUAGUAUUAGUAUUAGUAUUAUUUUUUGGUAGAGACGGGGUGUCCCUAUGAUACCCAGCUUGUUCUUAAACUUCUGGCCUCAAGUGAUCCUCCUGUCUCAGCCUCCCAAAGUGUUAGGAUUACAGGCGUGAGCCACUGUGCCUGGUCUGCAGUUAAACAUUCCCCCACGGCCACACUGAGGCUAGUAGGCAAGUUAAAGCCCUGGGUAUGUGUGACCUGACAGCCCCUUGGCAGCCGUGGGGAGGGAUCUGGGAAGCUGGGGCAACGGGAAGGGGCCCAGGCCCACGAGCUCUGGCUCUCGUGCCCUCACCUCCCACCAGGCAGGGUUCCAGGAAGCAAAGGAAUCGACCUCUAGCCAUGCAGGCCCCUCCCCUCGCCAGGUCUGCACCCCGGCCCAAGGCUGGCCCUGGACUUCUGGUGGAUUUGAGAGCUCAGGUGGGGAGAGUAGGAGGUCAGUCGCACGGAGCCCUCCGCAACGCACAGCGCCUGCCCAGCUCAGGACCAUGAACGGCACCUACAACACCUGUGGCUUCAGUGACAUCACCUGGCCCCCGACGAUCAAGCUGGGCUUCUACGCCUACUCGGGCAUCCUGCUGGUGCUGGGCCUGCUGCUCAACAGCCUGGCGCUCUGGGUGUUCUGCUGCCGCAUGCAGCAGUGGACGGAGACCCGCAUCUACAUGACCAACCUGGCGGUGGCCGACCUCUGCCUGCUGUGUGCCUUGCCCUUUGUGCUGUACUCCCUGCAGGACACCUCAGACACGCCACUGUGCCAGCUCUCCCAGGGCAUCUACCUGACCAACAGGUACAUGAGCAUCAGCCUGGUCACGGCCAUUGCCGUGGACCGCUACGUGGCCGUGCGGCACCCACUGCGUGCCCGUGGGCUGCGGUCCCCCAGGCAGGCUGCGGCUGUGUGCGCGGUCCUCUGGGUGCUGGUCGUCAGCUCCCUGGUGGCUUACUGGUUCCUGGGGAUGCAGGAGGGUGGCUUCUGCUUUGGGAGUACCCGGCACAAUUUCAACUCCGUGGCCUUCCCGCUGCUGGGAUUCUACCUGCCACUGGCCGUGGUGGUCUUCUGCUCCCUGAAGGUGGUGACUGCUCUGGCCCAGAGGCCACCCACUGAUGUGGGGCAGGCAGAGGCCAGCCAUAGGGCUGCCUGUAUGGUCUGGGCCAACCUCGUGGUGUUUGUGGUCUGCUUCUUGCCCCUGCAUGUGGGGUUGACGGUGCGCCUCGCUGUGGGCUGGAAUGCCUGUGCCCUCCAGGAGAUGCUCCGUCGUACCCUCUUCAUAACCAGCAAGCUCUCAGAUGCCAACUGCUGCCUGGAUGCCAUCUGCUACUACUACAUGGCCAAGGAGUUCCAAGAGGCGUCUGCAUUGGCUGUGGCUCCCAGUGCCAAGGCCCAUAAAAGCCAGGCCUCUCUGUGUGUGACCCUCGCCUAGGAGGCGUGCAGUGGGCGCUGUGGGCCAGGUCUUGGGGGCUCCGGGAGGUGCUGCCUGUCAGGGGAAGGUGGGACCAGCAGCAAGGAGCCCGGGAUCAACCCUGAACUCACUGUGCGCUCUCUUGGAGCCUUGGGUGGGCAGGGAUGGCCCAGGUACCUGCUCUCUUGGGGAGAGGGACAGGGACAAGGGCAAGAGGACGGAGAUCAGAGCAAGGCCAAUGUCAGAGACCCCCGGGUUGGGGCCUCACACUUGCCACCCCCAGAACCAGCUCACCGGGCCAAAGUGAGUUCCUGCUGGCUAGGGUGCAGCCUUGAGGACACCUGCCGCCACCCCUCGGGGCUGGAAUAAAACUCCCCACCCAGAGUCAGUCCU